AAUAAAUUGCUUCUUUACCUUGAAUUCCGCCGCCCCCUCUUAAAAAAAAGGAAUGACUUACAUUAACAUAUUACAAGCAACUCGGGACAUGGUCUCCCAAUACAUGUCUGGGUUGGAUCCUUCUCACGACAUGUACCAUGUUGACAGAGUCAGAAGACUUGCACUUGACAUUGCCAAAGAUUGCAUCAAGAAUGGAGCCACGCAAAUUGAUUUAGAGUUAGUAGAGUUGGCUGCACUCUGUCAUGAUGUAGGUGACAGAAAGUACUACCAAGGAAAAGAAACAGGUGGCCAAUUGAUUGAGACGUUUUUGAACGAGCAAAAGUACGGUAAAGCAGACAUUGUUGCUAAAAUUGUAGAUCACGUUGGUUUCAGUAAAGAAUUGGGCUGGAAUGAUGAAACUGAUGACAAGGAAAAAGUCCAAUGGCGCAACUUGUGUUUGGAAUUGCAUGCGUAAGUUUUACAUAUUUUUCUUAAGAACUGCUUUGCAUAUAAUGAUUGUAUAUGUUCUAGUGUCCAAGAUGCGGAUAAGUUGGACGCCAUUGGCGCUUUUGGCGUUCUGCGAUGUGCUGCCUUUAGUGGUGCCAGAAAUCGAUCAUUGUAUGUACCUGAUGAUAAACCGAUCGAAAAUAUUACUCAAGAAGAAUAUCUGAACAAAAAUGCAGACAGUUCAGCUAUUGGUCAUUUCCAUGAGAAAUUGUUUAGAUUAAAAACUAUGAUGAGAACAGCAAGAGGAAAGGUUUUGGCCAAUGAGCGUGAUCGCUUUAUGCAAUCUUUUGUAGACCAAAUUGACAAGGAGUAUAAUAUUGAGAGCUAA